CAGCUGGCAUUAAAUUUGUGACGUCAGUCACGCUCUUUGUCGGAGCGCUACCUAUUGCAGUUCGAAUGCAUGUUCGUUAUGGCAUAAGGCCUAAAUAUAUUUUUGACGUGUUUUAAACUAAUUUGUGAGUGAAUAUUGAAUGAUCGACAUAUGUAAAUAUGCUGCGCUGUCGACAUCUAAUGAGUCGGCUACAGGUGCCAUUUCAUCGUGCCUAUGCAACUAGCGACAAGUCCAAUGGAGGCGUCAACGAAUCGGAGGGAAAGGAGGAUUCUCACCCCAUAAGGCGAACUUUUCGAUUGCUGGGCAAUGAUAUGCGAAAGAUUAAAGAGUUCUUUGUGCCACAGGAACAAGAGAUUGACAGCCAAUUAGAGUACAAAAAAGGCCCAGUGAAAAAACUGGGUAAAUUUGGCGGCGACAAAGGAAAUCUCGAUGAAUUUCAAACGCAUUGUGAUGUCCUGAUCAUCGGAGGUGGCGCCAUCGGAAGCUCCAUUGCCUUUUGGCUCAAGCAAAAGGCGCGCGAUGGUCUCAAUGUGGUUGUUGUUGAAAAAGACGAGACGUAUGCCAAGUCUGGCGUUCACGUGUCCACGGGAGCAUUGUGUCAACAAUUCUCUCUGCCGGAGAACAUACAGAUGUCGCUCUUCGGUGCCGAAUUCAUGCGCAAGGCCAACGAACACUUUGGCUCAGAUAUUCCACUACACUACACUCCACAUGGUCAGCUGGUGCUCGCCCAGGAGUCCGAUGCGGUUGCACUACAGCAAUCCUCGCAGCUACAGAAUGAGUUGGGUGCUCGCAAUCAACUGCUGACUCCUGAUCGUCUACAAACAAGAUUUCCCUGGCUCAACACCCAAAACGUUGCACUCGGCUGCCUCAGCUUGGAGGGCGAAGGUUGGUUCGAUUCGUGGGCGCUGCUCACCAAUCUGCGACGCGCAGCAUGCGGUUAUGGUGCCCACAUUGUUCAUGGCCAGGUGACAGGAUUCCAGUACCAGAGUCAGUCUGACAUUAUUGUGACCGGCGACACCAGCGGCACUGCCGAGAGCAACUACCAAAGUUUGGACAAAGUUCUUGUUCAAAUGCCAGAUGGUACUGAACGCACAAUUAAGUUUGCUCUCUGCGUCAUUGCGGCUGGCAGCGACUCCGGCCAAGUUGCGCGGCUAGCGCACAUUGGUCAAGGAGCUGGAAUACUGCAGGUUCCACUACCAAUUGACGCACGACAGCGUCACACUUAUGUCAUCAGCACGCAGGAGGAGAAAACACAUUCAAUGGCAAUGUCAAUGCCAAUGAUUGUCGACACCUCGGGUUCGUUCAUUCGUCGUCAAGGAUUGGGAGGUCACUAUGUCUAUUGCAUCAAUUCCGCGUCAGCAGCAGAUUCCUCCUACUUUGAUUUGAUGAUCAGACCGUCGCUCACAAAGCGAAUUCCAGCAUUUGAGGGUGCCACAAUUGAACAUUGCUCAAGCGGCAGUUACGCUUACAAUGUAUACGACGAGAACGGCAUUUUAGGCGCACAUCCAUAUUACCACAAUCUGUAUAUUGCGACGGGAUUCAGUGGCCAAGGUAUGCAGCAGUCGCCAGCUGUGGGACGCGCCGUCUCCGAGCUUAUCAUGGAUGGACAAUUUCGCACUCUGGACUUGUCGCGACUCAGUUUCGAUAGAUUAAUUGUUGACAAGCCGAUGUAUGAGUUCAAUUCUUUAAAUUCAAUUUAAUUUAUUGUACUUUUUAAGAAAAAAAAAAAACAAAAUCCAAAUUUUCACUAAAAUUUCUAUUUAAA